AUGUGUUCAGAGGAAGAAGGUUGCACACUUGUCAUAGCUUUGCCAAAGUCUAAGCUUUGUAUCUUCAAAAAUAGUGACCACCAAGAGGCUACCGACAGCACACGAUUUGCACGACAAGGGUCUAUCGCUGUUUCAAUGGAAUGUCGAAAUCAUAAAAAGCCAAAGAGAAAAGAUGAUGUUGAAGACAAAAUAGAAGAGGAAAUAGAAGACGAAAGUGAAUAUAAGUUUGAUAUUGACAUUAAAGGAAUGUGCGUAGAAGAGGAUUUGCGUUAUCCAGGUGGAAUUAUGGAAAAGAAAGAAGAUGUCACGUCCCUUUCUGAAUGCAAGGAAUUGUGCUCUGAGGAGCCUGACUGCGUAAGAAUUGAUGUAGAUCCGAAAUCUGGCAUGUGCUUGCUAAAAUCUGACUCCCAUGGGUCACCAGUGAGGAGAAAAGGGCUGCUUUCUGUUUCAAUGGAUUGUAGAAAAGAUAGAAAAGAGAAAGAAGCAGACAAAAGUAAAAAGACGGUACCCGAAGAAGCAGAUGACAUGGAUGAAGGUGAUAUCAGCGAAGAGUGCUUGGAGCGUGGUGUCGAUUAUCCUGGUGGCACAACAAGGAACCUACCUGGGGUUAAAAGUGUAUGGCAAUGUCGUAACUUGUGUCUGCAUCACGAUCAAUGUGUUAGGCUUGUUUUUAUUCCAAAAAUGAAACGAUGUCUCCUGAAGAAUGAGAAGCACGGGCCAGUCAGCAAAAAAACCAGAGCAGCUUCAAGUGGAUCAGUAUCAUUCGCAAUCGAUUCUCCAUAUUGUCAACCCGGUCGUGAUAAAUUUGACCAUAGAGAUUUCCUUGAUGUAGAUGAAGCAAUUAUGGAAAGAAAUAGGGACUACCCUGGUGGCACCAUAUCUACCAUUGACAAAGUUGAGACAAUGUCCAGUUGUUUAGAGCUCUGUAAGAAAAACGUCGAUUGUGUCCGAAUUAUUGUCAAUAUGAGAAAUUAUAAAUGUGUUUUGAAGAGUGAUCAACAUGAAGAUGGUGUAUUCAAAAAAGAUGUCAUAUCAGUUGCCUUGAAGUGGGAGGAAGCUGGGGAGUCUGGUGCCUGCUUCAGAAGAAAUAUUGAUUUCCCUGGUGGUGAUAUAAAACGUAUAGAAGAGGUGCAGGGGCCAGUAAAGUGUGCCUUAAUAUGCAAAUUCACCAAAAACUGUAAAAGAAUCGUUUGGGUGCCAUACGAAAAGUCAUGCAUAUUGAAAAACAAACAACAUGGACCUGCAACUCACCAGUCUCUCAUAGCCAAUCGGGAAGCAAUAUCUGUGUCGUUGGCAUGCCGUCAAGAAAAAAGAAUGGGCCGUCAGGAAAAACUUAAACCUGACCGGAAAGACAAUGAGGAACCCAAAGAAAAAUCAGUCAGCAAAUUUAUCAACUUGGACGGGAAAGACGUUCAAUUGUCCACGUCAUAUCCCGGCGGGCUUCUGACAACACUGAAAAACGUUCCUCUGCUUUCUAAGUGUCAAAAAUCUUGCUCUGAAAAUAGUGCAUGCGUCCUUGUUGUAGCGAACAUUCAGUUGAGGCGAUGCUUUUUACGAAAUGAAAAGCAUGGAAAAGCAAAGAAACAGAAAGGUUUCGUGUCAGUCAUUGUCAGAAAGCCCGAUUCUGAAAAGAAGAAGUCUUCCAAUGACGAAGAAAAAGCUGAAAAGUCUGAAAAAACAGAUCCAUCAGAAAUAAAGGAUUUUGAAAUUGAUCUAACUGGUCCUUGUAUCGAAACAAAUGUGGACUAUCCUCAAGGCAUCAUAGCUAAGUUUGACGAAGUAUCAUCUAUCAUCGAGUGCAGAGAUUUAUGUAAGAAGAGGAAAGACUGUGUUCGGUUUAUAAUCUUAGCUUCAAAGCGUCGGUGUCUUCUCAAAAAUAGUGAUCAUGAAAGCAGUACUACUGAAGGCUGGGUCACGAAACAGAAUUCGUAUUCAGCCUGUAUUGAGUGUCUAGAAAAUGAAGAAAACGAGAAUGAGAAGAAAAGAAAUGAUAGGGAAAAAGAUGAAAGGGAGAAAGAAGAUAACAGGGAAACGGAUGAGAGAGAAAAAGGAGGAAAAAACAAGUUUAAAAACGAUCUCCAGAAAGAUCCCUGUGUAGAAGAGGAGAGGACUGUUUCUGGAAAGACGUUGAAGAGAUUGAGUGGUAUUGACAAGGCGUCAGAUUCAUCUGUUCGAGUUAGGAACGAGCGUGCCGAAGGGUUGCUACUCGGAAAGCUUAAUUGUGAGCUCGAUAAAGAAGAGACAGAGGAAGAUGUUGAGUGCAUCAAGAGAAAUGCUGACUAUCCGAAAGGUAUUUUGUCUGAAGUGGAGGACAUGAUGUCAGUGUUUUCCUGUCACAAGGAAUGUGAGCGAACAAAUGAGUGUGCUGCUUACACUUUUAUCCCGAAGAAGAAACUUUGUGUCUUCGAACGGACGCUCAUCUGCCCAUGUCAAAGGUGA